AGUGCGCGUGAAUGUGAAAGUGUGUGAGUGUAUGUGUGUGUGUGUGGAUGUGUGUGUGGAUGUCAGCCGUCCCCAUCAUGGCCCCUGAGCUGAUGAGACGGACCGGCGCUCCGCCAUCCUCCUCCAGCGAGCAGCGGCGCCGGUGAAAAGCCUCCAUGUGUCCUCCAUCCUCGGGCAGAUUUCUGAGCAGAAGGGCCGCGCUCCAGCCGCCCGGCGCGAACAUGAACAAGGAUUACUCCAUUAAUCUGUCGGUGCAGCAAGUGCUCAGCCUGUGGGUCCAGGGCGAGGCGACCCUCAAGCACUUCACAGAGAUGUGGUACUGGGUGUUCCUUUGGUGUCUGUUCUCGUCUCUGUUCGUUCACAGUGCCGUGGGUCUGCUGAUGUGUGUGACUCUGCAGCGUCAUAAAAGAGGACGCCUCAUCACACUGGUGCUCAUCAGCGUGGGCUUCCUGGCCUCUCUGAGCGGAGGAGUCAUCACCAGUGCGGCGGUGGCUGUUGUGUACCGAGUAGCAGGGAAGGACAUGGCUCCUCUUGAAGCGCUGGUGUAUGGAGUGGGACAGACCGCUUUAACCGUCAUCAUCUCAUUCUCAAGGAUCCUGGCCACUCUCUGAUUGGACGAAAAGCAUCAAUAACUGAGACCCCAAGCAGCUAGUCGUCCAACAGAAGAGCCAGGUUUGAGGUGAGUGGAGUAAAACCACAGAAAUGUGCUUUGGGAUGGACCAAAAUUUACCUUUCGGGAAUGGAGAAUUGAACAUUUCAAUAAGCAAAAACAGCAAUGACUGAAACUUAAUCAACGUGCCAAACGCCUCCGUGGAGGAUUGAGAUGAAUCUUGGGAUAUCAUGUUCAUCUUUUUUAAAGACGUUUUGUUUUGCUUUUGCACAUUCAGCUUUAUGUCAAAUGACUGGUGCUGGAGACGAGAUGCCAACAUCCUCAAAUACCUUGUCUGUCUAUGUCUGUUAGUUCGAUUAUGGACUCUUUUCACAUUUCCGGGUUUCUCAGUCAUCAUAGUUGAGUAAACUUAGAGCGCAGUGAAUUGGAGAGUACAACAAAUAUUUGUUUUUACAAUCCUAUUUGCUGAAGUAAUAGAAGAAAUACUCCAUGAUGGUGUUAUCAAGACUUUCAGAAAAGAAAAAACAAUAGUAUGACUGAUAACGGCAGCCAGAGGAGAGAAUAAUGUCAGAUUUACUGUCCUGCCUCCAUAGAUGCUGCAUUACAAACACCUCGCAAUUAAU